GAGAGAGAGAGAGAGAGAGAGAGAGAGAGAUGCAAUAGAUCUAUAGAUCUCGAGCUUGGGCUUGCUCCCAUGGAGAUCGAGAAGAGGAAUCCAGGAGGAGGAGAGGACGAGGAAGCAGCCAUGGCGAUAGCGGGACUUCUCACUCUCUCCAGCGCUGUCCAACAGCCUUACGUCUCGGAGCUCCUCUCCUUCACCCUUGAUCGCCUGCACAAAGAGCCGGAGCUCCUCCGCGUGGACGCUGAGCGGAUCCGGAGGCAGAUGCAGGAGGUGGCCGUCGGGAACUACGGGGCUUUCAUAUCUGCGUCGGAAGCUUUAUCGUUCAUUCGUGAGAAGCUUACGGACUUUGACAAGCACCUCGAGUCACUGAUAACUGAGAUUCCAAAUCUCACUUCUGGUUGUACUGAGUUUGUUGAAUCUGCCCAACAAAUUCUGGAGGAGCGAAAAAUUAAUCAGACAUUAUUAGCCAAUCAUAGCACGUUGCUUGACUUGCUUGAAAUACCACAGCUUAUGGAUACAUGCAUACGUAAUGGAAAUUAUGAUGAAGCUCUUGAUUUAGAAGCUUUUGUCAACAAACUGUCAAAGAUGCAUACAGAGUUACCUGUCAUUCAGGCACUAGCAGCAGAAGUCAAGCAGACAACACAAUCUAUGCUUUCUCAGCUUCUUCAGAAACUUAGAUCAAAUAUUCAGUUGCCAGAAUGUCUCCGUAUUGUUGGCCACCUGAGACGCAUUGGAGUAUUCACAGAAUCUGAAAUGCGUCUGCAGUUCUUAAGGUGCAGAGAGGCAUGGCUCUCAGGCAUCCUCGAUGACCUGGACCAAAGAAAUGUUUAUGACUAUUUAAAAGGGAUGGUAAACUGCCAUAGGAUGCAUUUAUUUGAUGUUGUUAAUCAAUACAGAGCAAUAUUCAACAAUGAUAAAUCUGGGAGUGAGGAAAACUAUGAUGGCGGACUUCUCUUCAGUUGGGCAAUGCAUCAGAUUAAAAACCACCUGAUUACUCUUGAAGCCAUGUUACCGAGGAUUACCGAUGGUGGAUCACUGUCAAAUAUACUAGAUCAAUGCAUGUAUUGUGCAAUGGGGCUUGGGUUGGUUGGCUUGGAUUUCCGAGGAUUGCUCCCACCUCUAUUUGAAGAUGCAGUUUUCAAAUUAUUCUCAAAGAAUAUGAACACAGCUGUUGAGAAUUUUCAGGUGGUUUUGGAUUCACAUCGUUGGGUUCCUUUGCCACCUGUGGGCUUCACAGCCAAUGGUGCAAUUGAUGAAAGCAAUGAUGAUGUAACUCCACCUUCUAUUUUGAUGGAGCACCCUCCUGUUGCUGUGUUUGUUAAUGGUUUCUCAGCAGCUAUGAACGAAUUACGACCUUGUGCACCUUUAAGCUUAAGACAUGUUUUGGCCCAGGAGGUUAUCAAGGGACUACAAUCUGUUUCCGACUCAUUAUUAAGAUACAAUUCUAUCCGCUCUCUCCGUGGAAAUGAGUCUACCCUCUUCUUCUCACUUUGCCAAGCAUUUCUGGAGGUCGCUUAUCCUUAUUGUGCAACAUGCUUCGGUCGGUGCUAUCCCAACGGGGCCAAUUUAAUCACAGACCAUAGGAAUGUGUUAGACGGUCUUAGCCAAUUAGUUGCAGUGUCUCCCGCAAGAGGACUUAAAACACAUCUUAUAGAUAAAACAGCAAACGGGGAAACCAAGCUAACUGAUAACGGAAAUGCAGAUGUUGGUGAAGUAUUAGAGGUUCGUACUGUAGACAAAACCGACGCAGGCCCUGUAGAAUCAGACACCCAAAUCAGUAAAUAGGUUUUCUUUUUAAAAUUUUUUAGUUGUUUGAUUAAUUGUUUCUUAUAAAGGAUGUGUGCAUCUGUUCUCUUCAUGCUGCACUGACUUGUUGAUGUUCUAAGCUGAUCCUCUUGACUGUGGAAGCAAGAGUAAGAUGCAUAAUGCAUUCUUUGUUUACAGUUUCGGUUACAAUUAUACAAAUAUAGAUCAUCUAGUGUCAUCCGGAGUAAAUCUUUUGUAAAACUUAAGACUGUUUAGUAUUUAUUAAUGUGAGGUUAUUACUUCUGAGCUAGCGUUGUUGUA